CCAGCACGUUUCUACUGUAAAUUAACUAAUCUUGAAUAUUUUUUCUUGUAUCUUGGUUGUUUUAUGUGUUUUUGUGUGUGUGUGUGUGUUUUUUUUUUUUUUUGGGGGGGGGGUAUUUAGUCAAAAGGAGAUUAUUUUACCGAUAGUAAGCAUUGACCCUCCUAAAUUAGAAUACGACAAUGGUAUUACGCUCCAUCCAAAAAUGUGUCUCAAAAAUAAUCUAGCUUAGUGAUGAUAUGUGUUUGCAUCUAUCAGGAGAGUAUGUUAUGGGUCUUAUAUGUCUUACAUAAGAAGCCUCACAAGAGAAGAUACACGUAUAUAUGGUUCGUAGACGUGUAUGGGUAGCAAAAUUGAAGGAUUAAAGUAUAGGGAAAAAUAAAGCCUAUGAAUGUUACUCCCUCUAGUUCUAAUUAUAAGAUUUCGUUUGUAGUCUAUAAACAAGGUCUUAUAAUUAAGACCGGAGGUAGCAUUUCCUAGUAUCUCAUUUGUCUUUCUAAGAUAAAAUAUGAUCAGAUAUUAAUAUCCAUACCUAGUUGAGUGCUAGUAUAUAAUAAACAUGUUAAUAUUAAUUAACCCUAAACUAAUGCCUCUUAAUGCUCCCCCUCAUGCUGGAUUCCGACUUGGAUACUUCUACUUUUCACAAUGCUCCCCGCAAGCUGCGAAGCUGCUUGGGGGGUGUGAUUUGUAGUCUUCAACUAGGCCAAUCUUCUUCUCUCUCUUAAAAGUACCAGGAUAUAGAUUUGGAUUGGGAUUAUUAUCUUGCUAGAAAGCGCUACAAGAGCCAAUUCCAAUAAACUAUAUAAAAAACAUGAAAUCCAAUUCCUAUAAUAUUCAUAAUGCUCCCCUCAAGCUGGGAAGCUGCUUGGGGAGUGUGAUUUGUAGUUUUCAAUUGGGCCAAUCUUCUUCCCUAUCUUAAAAGGGCACCAUAAUGUAGAUUUGGAAUGGGAUUAUUAUCUUGCUAGAAAGUGCUACAAAAGCCAAUUCCAAUAAGCUAUAUAAAAAACAUGAAGGGGGUGUUUGGCAAUUUCUAAAAAAGUGCUUUUUGUACCCAAACCAUGGUUUGAGCCAGAUAAUUGCCAAACACCCAGUUUUUUCAGCAAACCUUGGUUUGGGUCAAAACCUAAGUUUCAAAAGAAGCAGAAUAUUUUCGCUUCUGGAGUGAAAUUUUGGGACAUUGGUGUAAUCAUUAUAUCCUGUCAGAAGGCACCUAUAUGACAAAACACACCCUCAUAUUGAAUCACAAGAACAGGCACAGGUGAGGUAUUUCUCAGCUCUGCAGAAGAAGAUCGCGCUUUGGGUAGUCCAAUCUGUCUAUCCUUGAUUUGUGAUCAACGGUGUUUGCAUUGUCCGGUGGUGGUUUAGUGAGGUUGACAUCGUUGGUUCCUUGGCUUAGCUCCACUACUCAGGUUGAUUAACUUGUGAUAAUUGAAGAGCUGUAAUUGUUCUAUAGCAUAAUGAGUAAGGAUCAAGUGAAAGCUUCGUGGGAUCUAAAAACCACAAAGGUGUUCAUUGAUUUGUGCAUUGAACUAGUUCAACAAGGAGAAAGAAAAGGUACAAGCUUAACAAAGAAAGCUUGGGGAAUUCUUGCCGAUAAGUUCAAUGCGAAAACUGGGAGAGCCUAUACAAAACCUCAAUUUAAGAACAAAUAUGAUUCCUUACGAAAGGAAUGGCAGACAUGGGAUAGGUUGCUCCACGAGACAGGUUUGAGAUGGGAUAUUGAAAAGAAUACUGUUAGUGCAAUUGAUGAUUGGUGGGAGAAGAAAUUAGUGGAAGUUCCAAACUACAAAAAAUUUAGAAAAAGAGGACUUCAAUUUCGAGAUGAAUUAACUCAACUAUUUGGAAGUGUGACUACAACUGAACCACAAUUGUGGGCACUUUCUCCCAUGACGCUUCUAAGUGAAGGAGCACCUAAUGAUGAUAUGGAAGAAGGGUUCGGAGAUAAUAGUGAAAUCUUAGGUACAUCAACUGGUAUAAGUGGGGAAUUUUACUUAGUAACUUUAAUGAAAAUAGUGGAGGUAGUAGGGGCAACAUUGGGAUAAGGCAGGAUAACAAUCGUGGGGAUAGACCUGGUAGCUCAUUGGGGAUCAGAAGAAAGAGUGAAGCCAUGAAGAAGAAACCAACUUUCCCUAUAAAAAUAUCAGAUGCACUUAGUAGGAUAGCUAAAGCAAAUGGUUCUGAUUUUCAACGUGGAAAUGAUAUGGUUUCACAAGCACAAGCUAGAAGGUUGGAAGAAAAAGCACGUGCUUAUGAGACUUCAAUUAUGGGAGUCCUAUCUCACCUUAAAACAAUUGAUGAAGUUUUCAAUGAUAUUGAUUUGUUUACACGCUGCACACGACUUCUUAUGGAACGACCGGAGGCAAGGGAAAUGUAUGCGGCGCUGAAGGAUAGGAGGGAACAACUUGUGGCCGUUUUGAAGCAUUUCACUAAGAAUUUAUGACUUGUUUAUUAUAUUAGACAACUCUUUAUGUCUAUUGGAUUAUGUGAUUAUUGGAUUGUUGUAUGAAUUAGACAACUCGUUACUUUCUUAAAUGUUUCGUAAUUUCUAUGUAAGGAUUCUAAACUUUAUGUAUGUGUGCAUAGGAUAAAACAGAAAUGGAUGAUGAAAUUAAAUUUGUGGAGGAGCA